CAAGUAGGUACGUUUUAAUUAUUUAUUUUACCGUUAAUUAUUUGUAAUUAGUUUUGCUAUCGGUAUCAAAAUGCGCGCAGCGUUACUUUUCGUCACCCUUAUAGGUUUUGUGACAGCAGGGCCUUUAGUUUCUGAGCAGAAGGUUAAUUUGGAACAAAUAGACACUGCGGUCGGCGAAAGGAAUGGGCCAAUAGAGACCGCCAUUUUGGAUUUAUUGGAAAGCCUCAGGCAGUUGAUGGUUGAUGGCACUGACACGAUUCCACCCCUGGACCCUCUCGUCGUUGGGAGAAUCCACUUAGAUGAUGAAACUCUGCCUCUACCGGGGGCGUUCAUCACACUGAACGAUAUGAUCGUAAGGGGCAUCAGUACAUUCCGUGUGGAUGAUAUCCGGCUAUCAAUGGCGAGCCUAAUACCAUUGCGUCAAAGACUGGACUUCAAUGUUGUGAUACCAGCCAUUGACGUUGAGACAAGCAGCUACGCGCUAUUUUUGAGAAUUUUUGGUGGUGAUAUUUAUGGAAAAGGUGACAUGAAAUUAACUAUAUCAAAUGCUAGAGUUAAGGGCCAUGUUACAGUCGGCCUUCGGCGUGACAACGGUGUAUUUGCCACCAUUACUGCUUGCCGAAUCAGCUUUACACUUGAUUCUUUUGAGCCCGUAAUUACUGGAAUGUUUAACGAUGAGGCCAGUAGUGAAUUUGUAUCCAGAUUUUUGAGUAAUUUGAUACCUGGAAUGUUGGAAUAUUUCGAGGACGAUAUUACGAACAUUUUAAGCUCAGGUAUGCUAAUCAUCGGAAAUUUGAUUCUGGCUAACUUGGACUUGGGGAACUUGCUUCCAUCAGUGGCUCCCUAAGAAAAUUAACCACACGACCAUGAUUGACUUAGGUACUAUAAAUUAUACCAGUAAGACAAACGGGCACGGCCGAUUUUCCAAUUUCGUUAAUUUAAUAACUGAAGAAUACGUUACCUAUUGGAAAUCUGCGAAACUGGAUUUUUAUUCGGUGGUUCAACAUAACCAAUGUAAUUAAUUACUAGU